AAAGCGGCGGCCGGGCAGCUCGGGGAAGAAGCGGAGGGAGGAGUUGGCGACACCGCGGCCGUCGCGGUCGCCGCCGCCGCCGCCGUCGCCGCCAUCGCCGCCGCGGCUACUGUGACUUCUCCUGGUGUGUGAGAUCGGAGCCUACGCGCCUGGAUUUGUCGCCGCCACCGGCUGCGUAGCUCCGGAGGUUUAACCAUAGGACAGAAAAAACAGGAAUGUAAAGAAGAAAUCAAAAUGGAUCCAAGUAUGAGUGUGAAUUCUGUUACCAUCUCUGUUGAGGGGAUGACAUGUAGUUCCUGUGUUUGGACCAUUGAACAGCACAUUGGAAAACUGAACGGUGUACAUCACAUUAAAGUUUCACUGGAAGAAAAAAAUGCAACCAUUAUUUAUGACCCUAAACUGCAGACUCCAAAGACCCUACAGGAAGCCAUUGAUGACAUGGGCUUUGAUGCUGUUCUACACAAUCCUAAGCCUCUCCCUGUUUUAACUGAGACCGUGUUUCUGACUGCUGCUGCUUCACUGGCUCCGCCAUGGGAGCAUAUCCAAAGCACAUUGCUCAAGACGAAGGGCGUGACAGACAUUAAAAUUUCCCCUCAGCAGAGAGCUGCAGUGGUGAUAAUAAUCCCUUCUAUAGUGAAUGCCAGUCAGAUAGUAGAGCUGGUUCCGGCUCUCAGUUUAGAUACAGGAACUCUGGAGAAAAAGUCAGGAAUCUGCGAAGAUUUCAGUAUGGCUCAAGCAGGCGAAGUCAUGCUGAAGAUGAAGGUGGAAGGGAUGACCUGCCAUUCAUGUACUAGCACCAUUGAAGGAAAAAUUGGGAAACUGCAAGGUGUUCAGCGAAUUAAAGUUUCCCUGGACAAUCAAGAAGCUACUGUUGUUUAUCAACCUCACCUUAUCACAGCAGAGGAAAUAAAAAAGCAGAUUGAAGCUGUGGGCUUUCCAGCAUUCAUCAAAAAACAGCCCAAGUACCUCAAAUUGGGAGCUAUUGAUAUAGAACGUCUAAAGAACACACCAGUCAAAUCCUCAGAAGGAUCACAGCAAAGGAGUCCAUCAUAUACCAAUAAUUCAACAGUCAUUUUCAUCAUAGAUGGCAUGCACUGUAAAUCAUGUGUGUCAAAUAUUGAAAGUGCUUUAUCUACACUCCAAUAUGUAAGCAGUGUAGUCGUUUCUUUAGAGAAUAGAUCUGCCACAGUAAAGUACAAUGCAAGUUUAGUCACUCCAGAAACUCUGAGAAAAGCAAUAGAGGCCAUAUCACCAGGGCAAUAUAGAGUUAGUAGUACAAGUGAAAUUGAGAGUACCUCAAACUCUCCCUCCAGCUCAUCUCUUCAACAGAGUCCUUUGAACAUAGUUAGCCAGCCUCUGACUCAAGAGACCGUGAUAAACAUUGAUGGCAUGACUUGUAAUUCUUGUGUGCAGUCUAUUGAGGGUGUCAUAUCAAAAAAGGCAGGUGUAAAAUCCAUACGAGUAUCACUUGCAAAUGGCAAAGGGACUGUUGAGUAUGAUCCUUUACUAACCUCUCCAGAAACCUUGAGAGAAGCAAUAGAAGACAUGGGAUUUGAUGCUUCCUUGUCAGAUACAAAUGAGCCACUGGUAGUAAUAGCUCAGUCCUCAUCGGAAAUGCCACUUUUGACCUCAACUAAUGAAUUUCAUACCAAAAUGAUGACACCAAUUCAUGACAAAGAGGAGGCAAAGACUUCAUCUAAAUGUUACAUACAGGUCACUGGUAUGACUUGUGCUUCCUGUGUAGCAAACAUUGAACGGAAUUUAAGACGAGAAGAAGGAAUAUAUUCUGUACUUGUGGCUCUGAUGGCUGGGAAGGCAGAAGUAAGAUAUAACCCUGCUGUCAUACAACCCCCGAUGAUAGCCGAGUUAAUCCGAGAGCUUGGAUUUGGAGCCUCUGUGAUGGAAAAUGCUGAUGAAGGGGAUGGUGUUUUGGAACUUGUUGUGAGAGGAAUGACAUGUGCCUCCUGUGUACAUAAAAUAGAGUCUACCCUCACAAAACAUGGAGGGAUCUUCUACUGCUCUGUGGCCCUGGCAACCAACAAAGCACAUAUUAAAUAUGAUCCAGAAAUUAUUGGUCCCAGAGAUAUUAUUCAUACAAUUGAAAGCUUAGGUUUUGAAGCUUCUUUGGUCAAGAAGGACCGGUCAGCAAGCCACCUAGACCAUAAACGAGAGAUAAGACAAUGGCGACGGGCCUUUCUUGUGAGCCUGUUUUUCUGUAUUCCUGUAAUGGGGCUGAUGAUAUAUAUGAUGGUUAUGGACCACCACCUUGCAACUCUUCACCAUAAUCAGAACAUGAGCCAAGAAGAAAUGAUUAGCAUUCAUUCUUCUAUGUUCCUGGAGCGCCAGAUCCUGCCAGGAUUGUCCAUUAUGAAUUUGCUAUCUUUUUUAUUGUGUGUACCUGUACAGUUUUUUGGAGGCUGGCACUUCUACAUUCAGGCCUACAAAGCACUGAAGCAUAAAACUGCAAAUAUGGACGUACUGAUUGUGCUGGCAACUACCAUUGCAUUUGCUUAUUCUUUGGUUAUUCUUCUGGUUGCAAUGUAUGAGAGAGCCAGAGUGAACCCUGUUACUUUCUUUGACACACCUCCUAUGCUAUUUGUGUUUAUUGCACUAGGCCGGUGGCUGGAACAUGUAGCAAAGGGCAAAACAUCAGAGGCUCUUGCCAAACUAAUUUCACUACAAGCUACAGAAGCAACUAUUGUAACUCUCGACUCCGAUAAUAUCGUCUUGAGUGAAGAGCAAGUGGAUGUGGAACUUGUACAACGUGGAGACAUCAUUAAAGUGGUUCCAGGAGGCAAAUUUCCAGUGGAUGGGCGUGUUAUUGAAGGGCAUUCUAUGGUAGAUGAGUCCCUCAUCACAGGGGAGGCAAUGCCUGUGGCUAAGAAGUCUGGCAGCACAGUGAUUGCUGGUUCCAUUAACCAGAAUGGGUCACUCCUUAUCCGUGCAACCCAUGUUGGAGCAGACACAACCCUUUCUCAAAUUGUCAGACUUGUAGAGGAGGCACAAACAUCAAAGGCUCCUAUCCAGCAGUUUGCAGACAAACUCAGUGGCUACUUUGUUCCUUUUAUUGUCAUUGUUUCCAUUGCUACCCUUUUGGUUUGGAUUAUAAUUGGAUUUCUGAAUUUUGAAAUCGUGGAAACCUACUUUCCUGGCUACAACAGGAGUAUCUCCCGAACAGAAACAAUAAUACGCUUUGCUUUCCAAGCCUCAAUCACAGUUCUGUGCAUUGCAUGCCCCUGUUCACUGGGAUUGGCCACUCCAACUGCCGUGAUGGUGGGUACAGGAGUAGGCGCUCAAAAUGGCAUACUAAUCAAAGGUGGUGAGCCAUUGGAGAUGGCUCAUAAGGUAAAGGUAGUGGUAUUUGAUAAAACUGGAACCAUUACCCAUGGAACCCCAGUAGUGAAUCAAGUAAAGGUUCUAGUGGAAAGUAACAGAAUGUCACGCAAUAAGAUCCUGGCCAUUGUGGGAACUGCUGAAAGUAACAGUGAACACCCUCUAGGAGCAGCCAUAACCAAAUACUGCAAGCAGGAGCUGGACACUGAAACCUUGGGUACCUGCAUAGAUUUCCAGGUUGUGCCAGGCUGUGGUAUUAGCUGUAAAGUCACCAAUAUCGAAGGCUUGCUACACAAGGAUAACUGGAAGAUAGAGGAAAAUAAUAUUAAAAAUGCAUCCCUGGUUCAAAUAGAUACAAGUAAUGAACAGUCAUCAACUUCAUCUUCCAUGAUUAUUGAUGCCCAGCUCUCAAAUGCUCUUAAUGCUCAGCAGUACAAAGUUCUUAUUGGUAACCGGGAGUGGAUGAUUAGAAAUGGUCUUGUCAUUAAUAACGAUGUAAAUGAUUCCAUGACUGAACAUGAGAGAAAAGGUCGGACUGCUGUAUUGGUAGCAGUUGAUGAUGAGCUGUGCGGCUUGAUAGCUAUCGCUGAUACAGUGAAGCCUGAAGCAGAAUUGGCAGUCCAUAUUCUGAAAUCUAUGGGCUUAGAAGUAGUUCUGAUGACUGGAGACAACAGUAAAACAGCUAGAUCUAUUGCUUCUCAGGUUGGCAUUACUAAGGUGUUUGCUGAAGUUCUACCUUCCCACAAGGUUGCUAAGGUGAAGCAACUUCAAGAGGAGGGGAACCGGGUAGCAAUGGUAGGAGAUGGAAUCAAUGACUCCCCAGCGCUGGCGAUGGCUAAUGUUGGAAUUGCCAUUGGCACAGGCACAGAUGUAGCCAUUGAAGCAGCCGAUGUGGUUUUGAUACGGAAUGAUCUUCUGGAUGUAGUGGCAAGUAUUGAUUUAUCAAGGAAGACAGUCAAGAGGAUUCGGAUAAAUUUUGUCUUUGCUCUAAUUUAUAAUCUGAUUGGAAUUCCCAUAGCUGCUGGAGUUUUUAUGCCCAUUGGUUUGGUUUUGCAGCCCUGGAUGGGAUCUGCUGCAAUGGCUGCUUCAUCUGUUUCAGUAGUACUUUCUUCACUCCUCCUUAAACUUUACAGGAAACCAACUUAUGAGAAUUAUGAACUACAUGCCCGAGGCCAGAUGGGACAGAAAAGUCCUUCAGAAAUAAGUGUUCAUGUUGGAAUAGAUGAUACCUCAAGAAAUUCUCCUAAACUGGGUUUGCUGGACCGGAUUGUUAAUUACAGCAGAGCCUCCAUAAACUCACUGCUGUCUGAUAAACGAUCACUGAACAGUGUUGGUACCAGUGAACCUGACAAGCACUCACUCCUGGUGGGAGACUGCAGGGAAGAUGAUGACAGUGCAUUGUAACAGGCCACAGAGAGUGCUGCUAGAUGAUGUUGUUCUGCACUGACACAGCAUUCAUGGUCACCUUAGCUUUUUAAAAUAUUGCAGGGCUUUAUGUUGGUCUCAUGCUCUUAUGUUAGGGAAUCUAUUUGAAUUGCAUUUGUCUAAUGGCAAAAAUAUCUUUUUCAGGGCCUCAGCUUGGAACCUAGCUUUAUUGAAAAUGAAUUUCUAGUAUUUUUUGUUUUCACUAGCAACAGAUAAGGUAGACCAGGGAGGUUUACAAGUCCUACAACUGAAGAUUGCUGAAUUGCUGCUAAAGUCAUAGAUAAUUUUUAUUUGACCAAAAAAAAAAAGUUCAAGAAAAGAUCAUUGAAAAUUUGAAGAUUUGAGCGCAUAAUCUUGAGGAGAUUCUCGAGCCCUCCUCCCUGCCAGAUCGGGGAGCAACGGCUUUCAAAGCACUGUAUAAAGAAUCCUGUUUUAGAAGCAAAAUAGUAGAAACUGUUUAAAAAUAGACAGGUCUAUUUAUUACAGGCUUUCUUUCCCCCUUCUUCUCCCUGCAUCUUUGUCUUUGCCAUCGCUUUCUUAGAUGCCCCAAUGUGUUUUCUUUUAUUAUGUUCUUUCAAGUGAGCUAAGUGUAGGUGGUUUCUCAUUGACAAAAAUAACUGACAACUUUUCCAGUAACUUGUUUGUUUCUUUAUCUUGUAGCUCAAAAGACCUUCAGGGCCUAUAUGGUUCCCUGCUUCCCACCCUUCCAUUGUUGUAAAAAAUAUAUCAGAUUCCUCCUUCAGUGACUCCCUAGCUCUGUGCAGGCUUUCAGUUCACUCCUGCUGGGUUCAGCUAUAAGUUGUUCUUAGUAUCGUCUAUCAGCCUCAGUUCAGAAACUUAAGAUUUUGAGCCACUUCUACAAUUGAUUUUUUCCCAAAGAUUGACACUACCAUGUUUAACAUGUACCGGUCAUAUAAAAUUAACCUGGAUUCACUAAAUUUGUCCUUUUCUGGAGAGAAUGCAAGACAUUAGCUGAUAUUUAUAAUUUAAUAGAUUUUAAUUGUCUUUUAUUGUUUUAGAUAAUCUCUCAAAAUGACUUUAAAAUAAUGCUAUUACACAAAGCCGCUUUUACCAAAAAAUACAGUAAAUUGUAAUACAGACAUGAGAAUUUCCCUAGGUUAUGAUACCUUUUAGCUAAAUCUAUAUUUUUCUCUAGUUUAAAACAUUUGCACUUGCUAGUUAGUGUGGUUGGCAAAUUCACGGGCUUGUUCUCAUCAACAUAUAAAUUUAGAAAUCCCCCUGUGAGUGCCUGGGAGUUAAUACACUGGUCAGAGAUCUGGUACUUGUAUCACUAUUUAAAUUAACUUGUUAACUGCAAGGUGGAUUUCAGAUGCAGAAUAUGUAAGUGAAGAGAACUCAUACAUAAAUUCCUAACAUCUAUUCCCAUUGUCAUAUGUAAAGCUGCUAGCACAAUUCCUAGCACAUAGGAUUUGUGCUCAGUAAAUGUUAGUUCUUAUUUCCCCUUGAGGUCAGUGAUAAAUAUCAAAAAUUGCUUUUACAGAGCAGAGUCUAAAAUCAGGUGGGAGUGGGGGAUGGGGUUCUUCCCUCCUUUCCAACUUCCUUUUUCUCUUGUUCUUUCAUACACACUCAAAAAAGUUUACAACAUAACUCCAUGUUGACUUUUCAGAUUUGGAAAAGAUCUCAUUUUUAUCUCAGCUAUCUUAAAGACAGAACUGAAACUUGAUGAAGGUGCUAUUAAUCUAGAAAAGCAAACCAAUUUUAAUGAAAUAUGAAUGAGUUUGUAGGUCUAGGCUCUUUUUUAGAUCAAUGCCUGUGCCAUCUUCCAUGCUUUCAAUUUGAAUUUUAAUAUUUGUUUUUUAUUUUAAUUCCAAUGGCCCGUCAUACCACAACUUGUUUCUUCUAGAAGAAAUAGCUAAUAUGACAAAGGUAUAAUAUAGACUUUUGAAAAAGAAGCACCUUUCUCUGUCUCUCUCUCUCCCUCCCUCUCUUCCUCCCCCUCCCCCUUCCCCUCACUUUCACUCUUCUAUCUCUCUGAAGCACUUGAACAUAGCCAGUUACUACUUUUAUUAUUCUGUGUGUGUUAGAGUUGUCCACUUGGCCUCACAUGCCAAGGGAUCCACAUGUCAUAGGGCAAUGAGAAGAGCAGCCUAUAUAAUCUGGGAAAAAUCAAGGAUGUAAUUUCAGCCCUUAGUACAGGAACAGAAAACAUGCUGUUUAUAAAGAAUCCUGCUUUAAAUAUCUAUAGCCAUCUUUGAAUUCUCUACCACAAGUCUCUUGCAAUUCUGAACUCCCAUUAGCUUCAUAGAGCAGCUGUAGUCACCGGAGAGAGACAUAUGGAGGGGAUCAAAAACAUUGCUUUCAGUUAGUAACUAGCUUUAAAUAAUUAGUUACUAGUGAGAACAAAUUUUAUAAAUGUGUGCGUAUGCAUCUGUGUUUAUUCAUAUCAUACAUAUAUACAUAUAUUACCCAUAUAGAAGGAAAAUGGAUUUAUAUUUGAAUUUGAUAUUAGAAUAUUUGAAGUUCUUUAUCUGUUGUUCCUUUGUCACUCUUUUGUAUUCACUCAGCAACCAUGCCCUCAGUCUGAAGAUAACAAGGAUGUUUUGAUAUCCAGUGCUGGUUCAGACUCAACUAAGGGGCACCUUUUAUCUUAAAUAUCCAAAGAUGCCUUUUAAAUUUCAACGGUUAAAACAUAACUGUUUAGUGUUGUAGUCUAAAGAAGUAUGGUUGUCAGUUGUGAAAAUAGAAAUGUUAUUUUUCGUAGUUUAGUAUCAGCGUUUUAGAUGUUAGAUUUGAUGCCUUGUGAACAAAUAAUUUUAUAUUGUGCUUCAACUUUUUAAAAGUUAUUCUUUUAUUGGAUGUAUUCUUUGUUCAAAAUGCUUAAAUAGCAUUGUAGGCAAGAUGUUUCCAAACAUUUAAGUGUGCGUAUCUUUUAUGUACACAGCUGAAAAUCCAGAAUGUAUGUUCUUAGAGAAUUUUUUCCACUACUUAUGGAUCUUGCUUUAAAAUUAUUUUUCUUAAUAUUUAUUUUACUCUAUUUUGUUAUUUUCUUUGGCUGAGGCAUCUGGUUACUGGUUGUUUUAAUAAGAAUAAAAACAUUCCUGGAAUCACUCCUUUUGGAUAUUUUUGUUUCUUACUUUUCUCUAUUUUAAAAAUAUUAUUUUGCCAAAUAUAAAAAAUGCAGAUUCGUGCCAAAUUAUUAGCUAUUUUUACACUAACUUUCUGUAGUCCUUCUGAAAGUUUAUCUGGUAUGAGUAACCAGAUAAAGCACAAAAGCAUGAAUUCUUGUUCUUCAAUUAAAAGAGCUUUUCUAAUGGCACUGAUAGUAAAUGCCUUUUGUAGCCAAAACCAGGCGUCUCAAACUUAUGCUUUUAGUUAAAGAAAUGUUUAACUAACCAUUGUUGAACAUUGAUUGUUUGAUACCCAAAACAGCAGUGGACGAUGUUGUGCAAUAAUCAUCUACUAUAGUCAAGAUAUUCAGUAGUUUGUUUUUCCAUAAGCAUGUAAUUGAUCAUAUAUCUGCCAAGGAUG